AUGGUCUCGCCACCAGCUUUAUUUCACGUGAUAUAUGAGAAUGACGAACUUGUAGUUGUCAACAAGCCAAAUGAUGUGCCAAUGGACGGUGUAGGUUGUGAAUUAACGGUGGAACGGUGGGCACUGGCAUAUCGAUCAAGGCGAAAUGAUGGCGACAAAGUGGACAGUGAACGCUUCAAUGAGGAAGUUAUGAAGGAUGCCUCCCAACUCCCCGAUUUUGUUACAGAGAAACCAAAGGGUAAGAAAAAAAUGGUUAAAUUCGUUCAUCAGUUGGACUACGCUACAAGUGGUGUCCUCUGCAUUGCGUUCUCGAAAGAAAUGGCCGCCCGACUUGCUCAUUGCUUUGAGAUGAGGACGGCAAAGAAAGCGUACGUUGCAGUUCUCCACGGUAGUGUUUCACCCUUAUCAAGUACAAUUCCCAAUUCAACAUCAUUUCUUUCGAGAAAUGCGACUCAAGGUGGUUUUCGCUUAAUUUCAAUUAAAGAAGUGUCGAGUUGUCAAUUCAUUUUGGACUGUGUGCGGAUUGCCACCGGUCAAACCGAGCCAAAUAACGUCGUAUCGGAAGAGAAGAUUAUUGAAAUUAAUCUCCCAGUCGGUUACGAUGAUGACGACCCUGAUAGGUUCCGCAUGGCUGUGAAUGGACGUGACGCAAAGGAGAGCUUAACAUACAUGUAUGUCCUUCAAAAUGGGUAUCUGCCUUGCCCGUCUAAAAACUGUCAAGUUUCUGUAACAAAAGUUAUUCUCAUACCGCAGACGGGCCGGAGGCACCAACUCCGCCUUCAUUGUAAUGCACUUGGGUUCCCGAUAGUCGGUGACGUAACAUACGGCAUAUCUUCAUUUCCUUCCACUGUACUACACCAGAAUGAGGCAUUAAUGGAGGGAAGGAACACGAAAGAUGUUGAAGUACCGAUAAGAGCAAGUGAUUGGUCUCGCAUGAUGCUUCACGCUUGGCGUCUCUCUUUUCCUUUGAAUGUAGAGCCGAUUGGUGACGGGAGACAGAGGAGUUUACUGAAGAGGCAACGCCGACGUGAGACACUUGGAUUGGAUGAUGCACACAGUAGUUGGGAAGACGCUGUAUGGACGCACUUCCAAACGGAAGACCCUUUUGCGUUAAUAAUAGAAGACAAACCCUAG